GGCAGCGGCGGCGUCAUGCCCGCCUCGCAGGGCCGGGCCCGGGCCCGCGGCCACGCGCUGCACCGCGCCGAGUUCCUGUCCCUGAACCAGCCCCCGCGGGGCGCGGCCGAGCCCCGCGUGCCGGGCGCGGGGGGCGCGGGGGGCAGGAGGGGCCCCGGGCCCGCGCCGCCGCCCCCCGCGCCCGGGGACGCGGCCCGCGAGCGGCGCCAGUCGCAGCAGCUGCCCGAGGAGGACUGCAUGCAGCUGAACCCGUCCUUCAAGGGCAUCGCCUUCAACUCGCUGCUGGCCAUCGACAUCUGCCUGUCCAAGCGGCUGGGCGUGUGCGCCGGCCGCGCCGCGUCCUGGGCCGGCGCCCGCUCCGUGGUCAAGCUCAUCGGCGUCACGGGCCACGGCGUCCCGUGGAUCGGGGGCACCAUCCUCUGCCUGGUCAAGAGCAGCACGCUGGCCGGCCAGGAGGUGCUCAUGAACCUGCUCCUGGCCCUCCUCCUGGACAUCAUGACGGUGGCCGGCGUGCAGAAGCUCAUCAAGCGGCGCGGCCCGUUCGAGACGAGCCCCAGCCUGCUGGACCACCUGACCAUGGACGUGUACGCCUUCCCCGCUGGCCACGCCAGCCGCGCCGCCAUGCUGUCCAAGUUCUUCCUCAGCCACUUGGUGCUGGCUGUGCCCCUGCGGGUGCUGCUGGUGCUCUGGGCCUUCUGCGUGGGGCUGUCGCGGGUCAUGAUCGGCCGCCACCACAUCACUGACGUCCUCUCGGGCUUCCUCAUCGGCUACUUCCAGUUCCGCCUGGUGGAGCUAGUCUGGAUGUCGUCUAACACCUGCCAGAUGCUCAUCUCCGCCUGGUAAUUGUAAGGAUGUGGCAUGACUUGAUAUAGAGUAUUUUCUACU